AUGGCUUCCACAACGAUUCUAGCUGCAGUCACCCUAGCAUUCUACGUCUACACAGCAGUACUCUCCUCGUUCACAGUCACUGCGACUGCAUCGCCACUUACUCGCCAUGUCUCGAGACAGCUUACUAUCCUGCUCUGUCUGGCUUUCGUGCCGUACGCAUAUAGGGACCUGUGGCCACUCUUGACCUUCACCUCAGCUCCGGCGGAUCUCAACGAGGGUCAUGCCUUGUGGUGGAGAAUCGCGCUACUAGCAGUUCCCGGCGUCAUCCUUCCGCUCAUCACACCGAGACGGCACAUACCCAUUGAAGUCAAGGGAGCCACAGUGCCGCCCACUUCAGAGCAGACCGCAUCCGUACUAUCGCUUCUCACGUACGACUUCAUUGGUGAGAUCAUCGCGCUUCCUCGCCAAAACGAAGUCAUCACUGCCAAGAUACUACCGGGACUGGCCGACUACGAUCACGCCGACGUCUUGGUCGAAAAGGGCAAAGGAAACUUGGACAUCUUCGCCGGCGCGCCCCGCCACCACCUCUUCUUUGGGAUCAUGAAGACAUUCGCCGAGGAAUACAGCGAACUCUUCUGUCUCCUGAUCUUACAGACGGUUUCAGCAUUCUUCGCGCCACUUGGGCUCAACGGGCUACUGAAGUACAUCGAGACUGGCGGCGAAGGUGCCGUGCUACGUCCUAUCGUCUGGAUCGUCAUGGUGUUCUUGAGUACAUUCAUGACCGGCGUUAUCUGGCAGUGGUAUAUCUAUGUCGUAACUGCCACGAUGGUACGGGCGCAAGCAAUGAUUACUCGCAUCGUCUUCGACCACUCAAUGCGCAUACGUCUGAACGCGGAGUCUCCAUCAAGCCAAGACGGGUCGCCUCAACGUGAACGUGCUCCGAAGGACAACUCCCUCGGCAAGAUGAUCAACCUGACCACAACUGACUUGGAUAAUGUCCUCGACGGACGCGACUUCUUGUUGUUAGUCUUCUACUCUCCUUUACAAAUAGCGCUCUGUUUGUACUUCUUGUAUUAUCUCCUCGGAUGGAGCACCUUCGUCGGCCUGGCCUUGAUGCUUCUGUCUUUGCCUGUACCCGGAUACAUCACGAAGUUCUCGCAGAAGAUUCAGCGUCAACUCGUGACUAGAACCGACGCUCGUGUGCAGACUGUGAGCGAGAUGAUGUCCGUUUUGCGCAUGGUGAAACUCUUCGGCUGGGAACGUCGUCUUGCAGACAGGGUGUCUAACAAACGCGACGACGAGUUGAAAUGGAUACGCUCACGAGAGCUCAUGAAGUUAGCGAACAGCCUAAUCAACCUUCUCAUCCCCGUCUUGCAGCUGAUAGCGACCUACGCGAUCUACACGAUCGUUAUGCGCCGCGAGUUAACUCCUUCCAUUGUAUUCUCAUCCAUCACGCUCUUCGAAAUGUUGAGAGCUCAGAUUGGCAGCAUAUUCGGUGGAUUGCCUAACAUCAUUCAAGCAAAAGUCUCGCUCGACCGACUAACAAGUUUCCUUCAUUCUGAUGGUGAACUUCUGGACGAGUUUAAGGCCAAGGAUAGCGCGCCCGCUGACCAACGCGCGCCUCUCGAAGACGAUAAAUUCGGCUUCAACGACGCGCGUUUCACCUGGGACCAUUCUUCGACGACCGCUGCCGACGGUUCAGCGGAAGAGCGGCAGUUUUCUUUGAUCUUACCGGGCAAGAUCACAUUUGAGCGCGGGUCUCUCACGCUCAUCACCGGCCCCACUGGUUCAGGCAAGACCUCCGUUCUCAUGGCGCUUCUUGGGGAGAUGCACUUCGCACCAUCGUCUCCGGAAUCUUGGUAUCAUCUGCCUCGCAACGGUGGCGUCUCAUACGCGGCGCAAGAGUCUUGGGUUCUGAACGAUACGAUUCGCGGUAACAUCGUAUUCGGCGACACGUACGACGAGGAUCGCUACAAACGGGUCAUACAUGCUUGUGCGCUGGAAACAGAUCUCCGCCUGCUUGCGGCGGGCGAUAUGACCGAAGUUGGUGAGAAGGGUAUCACCCUGAGUGGUGGCCAGAAGGCCCGCGUCACACUUGCACGAGCCAUAUAUUCCCGCGCUCAGAUCGUGCUACUCGAUGAUGUCUUGUCCGCCCUCGACACGCAGACAUCGCGUUGGAUCGUCGAUAAGUGCCUCAGGAGCGAUCUCGUUCGUGGCCGUACUGUUCUCCUCGUGACACACAACGUCUCUCUAGCCACCAAAGCAGCCGAUUACAUCCUUUCAGUUCGCUCGGGCAUGGUUGAGAACCUUGUUCGUGUUGAUCACGCAUCUUUACCGGAUGCCGCUGCGUCAGACGAGUACGAAGCAGAGAAAGAUAUUGACGAGGAUACGCUGCCUGGGGCCGACGGCGACGCACCAAAGGCUCCGGCGUCUACGUCCGACGGAAAGCUGAUCCUCGCUGAAGAGAUGGCGCAAGGCGGUGGCGUACGGGCUGCUAUGGCUAUGUUCUAUUCCGCGAUGGGCGGCCGCCUGGCCUUCCUCUUCUGGACAACGUUCCUGGCAUCCGUCGCCGCCGCCGAGUCGCUCGACGUUCUCAAGACCUUCUGGUUAGGCCAUUGGGCGGAGCAGUAUGAACGCCAUACCGUCAGCGAGGUCAACGUGACCUACUACCUCGGUGUCCUCGUGGGGAUUCUAAUCUUGUCUUUCGUCGCGUACAGCAUUGGGAUCAUCACUUACGUCUCCGGCAUCGUCCGAGCGUCAAGGAAGAUACACGGAAUGCUCAUUGACGCCGUGCUGGGGACAACAUUCAGGUGGCUAGCAGUGACCCCGGUAUCUCGCGUUAUCGCGCGAUGCACUCAAGAUAUCCGCGCCCUUGACGGCCCUGUGCCGCAAGACCUCAAGGUCUUCAUUGAGAAAUCAGCCUUGCUGCUGACCAAACUCGUUGCGAUUGUAGUCAUCUCCCCGGCAUAUGUGUUUCCCAGUCUGUUUGUCUUCGUGAUCGGCUGGUGGUGCUGCAAGACCCAUCUUCGCAUUCAGCUUCCGGUGACGCGCAUCAAGAGCGUUGUACGUGCCCCUGUUAUCGGUCACCUGGGUAACUCGAUGGCAGGUUUGGUAUCGGUGCGUGCAUAUGGGGCACAAGACGCCUUCCGGGAGGAGCUUCAUCGUCGCAUUGACGAGUACACUCGCGUUGCGCGUACCAACUUCAAUCUCAAUAGAUGGCUUUCACUACGCAUCGACUUGAUCGGCGGCUUGUUCUCCGCCGGUCUCGGCGCCUACUUGGUCUACGGUCCAGGCAGCCAGUUGAAUCUGGCCUCUACCGUUGGGUUUUCCCUGACGAUGGCUGUCGCGUUCAGUAGAACUUUACUGUGGUGGAUGCGGAUCAUCAACUCGCUUGAACUCGAUAGCAACACACUUGAACGCCUUCACGCGUACAUCGGAAUCGAACAAGAGCCGGAGCCGAAGAAAGCUAUCGCUCCACCCGCGUCUUGGCCCACGAGUGGAGAGCUAAUUGUACAAGGGCUUUCCGCGUCGUACACGCCGGAUGGACCUCGGGUGCUCCACAACCUGUCCUUCCAUGUGAAGCCGGGUGAGCGCAUCGGAGUCGUGGGUAGGACAGGCAGCGGGAAGACCAGCCUUACUCUGUCCUUGCUGCGGGCCAUAUACGCCGAAGGAACCGUUCUGUACGACGGCAUCGACACCAACGCCAUUCGCCUGGACGACCUGCGCUCCAAGAUUACCAUCAUACCUCAGUCUCCCGAGCUGUUGAGUGGGACAAUCCGCGACAACCUUGACCCCUUCGAUGAAAACGACGACGUGACGCUCAACUCAGCAUUGCGCGCAUCCGGGCUGGACUCGCUCCAAGCCGACAACGGCGAAACCGGUAGCGGUACCAUUGCCUUGGACACUCAGGUCACCAAUGGCGGCGCCAAUCUGAGCGUGGGCCAGCGCCAGAUACUGGCGUUGGCGCGUGCGCUCGUGCGCGGGAGCAAGCUGCUCAUUCUCGAUGAAGCCACCUCCUCUAUCGACCACAAGACGGACGGUGUCAUCCAGACUUCCCUACGGGAAGAGCUCGGGAGAGAUGUGACGGUCCUCGUGGUCGCUCACCGGCUGCAGACGGUCAUGGAUGCAGACAAGAUUAUGGUCCUUGAUGCUGGCCGGCUUGUUGAGUUCGAUAAGCCCGGCCUUCUACUGCAACGCGAGCAAGGAUUCCUGAAGUCGCUCGUCGAAGAGAGUGAGGAUCGCGAUACGCUAUAUGCGGUAGCUAGUCAGGCACUCGGCCAAGCCUAA